CUUGCAAAGAAUAAACAAGUUCAAGCUUUGAGUUGUGAUUCUGUCUCUACUUCUAGUGAAAUUAUGUUAUGGCAUAAUAGCAUGGCAAAAUCAUUUCGAGGGAAGAGCUUGAAAAAAUUAUGGCGAAAGAGAAGACUGAAGAAGUUCAGCAGGUACCAGAUAUAGAUGAAGCCAUGGCACGGGCUGUUGACAUUGGCGAAAACGAUGAUGGAGAGGACAGUGAUACUGAGGUUGAGCUUGACGAAGAAGUUGAUAAGAAAAUUACGCGCAACUGGAGUGUUUUGAAAAGCACUCCUCAGCUUCGCAAAUCAAAGGAGAAAACAAAGGACGGUCCCAUGUCUUUGGAUGAGGCUAUAGAUGAUUCAGAGAACUUAACUGAUUUUCUCAUGGACUUUGAAGAAGAAGAAGAAUAACAUUUUCCUUUUCCUCUUGGUUUCAGAUUUUUAACAAUAAAUUUUCUAGGUAACUUAAAAAAAAACGGUAACAAUAAGGUAAGUUUCAUGUAACAUGAUGGUAGAUCGCUCUUUUAAGAAUGGUAUAUCAUAUUUAAUCGAGUGUUAAACAAAAUAUGUUACAUUUACUAGAUUGGUAUGACCAACGGGCUAAAAGACAUUUUCUAUAUAUAAAAUAUACAUAUACGCAAUUAUAAGAUUUAGAGAAAUAAUGAGAACAAUGCAUAUUUGAAACUCAAAAAGAAACACGUUUGAAACUCACGAUAUCUCUCUCUCUCUCUCUCCACCACCACCCCAGCCGCCCCCCUCCCUUUCUUUCUGUCUAUGCUCAGAUCAACGAGGUCGUGAUGGUAAGCGUCGCAUGGCAAGCCUCGUCCCUAGUUGACUUGACGAAAUCCGAAAAUGUAAGAUCCGACAAUCGUGACGACUUGGUUAAUGCGUUGCUCUUCGUCAUCACCAUUACUGAUGGCGAUCUCAACCAUGGGCUCAUGAAAAUUCUAUUUGGUCGAGGAAGAGGACUUUUUGGUUGGCGACGUCUUCUUCAACCCGUCAAUGAGUGCAUCCCUUAUGAGCAGCUGCUAAUUGAACACGCGAACGGUUGGAUUUUAUAGAUCGCUAAUUUCAGAGCUUGGUGAUGCUGACGAUGUCUCCAGAUGAUGCGGCAUGUGGCAGUCGGUUGUGGAAGCUCUUUUUGGUGAAAACUCUAUAUAUAUGAAAAUAUUGCAUCUCGCUGCUACCUUCGUUACCAGAUGUCGUCACUUAGGCUUGUAAAGACUAAUCUCUGUAGAGGACCUUACUUUACCAGUCAACCUAGCCGUUGCAAACUCGCGACAAUUAUCACCGCCGCUAAGCCUCGCGACAGUGAGGGUGAACUACAGCCAUUGACUACCGGCAUUCUGGAAGAGAGAGAGAGAUGGGAAGAGAUGGAGGGAGGAAAUUUGAGUAGGGGUCAUUUUAACAUUUUGCGGUGUAGUAUAUAUGGAUUUACUAUAAUUAUGCUAUUUAUUAACUUAACUUUUUAGUUAAGUUUGUGUCCUUUUAUUUCCCCAUG